CCCGGUCUACAAAAUGCGCACAUACCUCGUGAUUGGGAACCAGCGACACAUCGGUAUAGUGCAUGCUUGAUAGCACAAGAUAAUACGGUCUCUUGUGAACGGGUGAUUGAUGCGAGUGGACGUGUUUUCCCUAGCUGAGUAUUGCUAGGAGUAAUUUUGAGCCUGUGAUUGCUUAUGUUAGCCUGUGGCUGUGUGUGAACACAUAUUUCUCUGGAGGGCCAUUCCCAGAAGGUAUAAGUGCCAUUCUGUGACCGUGUCAAUAAUACGUAUUUCUCUGGAGGGUCAUUCCCAGAAGGUAUAAGUUCCAUUCUGUGACGUGCAACCGACGAGCCGACGAGACGAGCCGACGAGUUCCCUUAAAGACGAGGACUAUUGGUGCCAUCCUGACGAGCAUUCCAGUCGAUGCCAACAUCACAACCAAAUAUGGAGGCCAAGUUUGUCGCCAAGUCGGUCGCAGCUUGUCUUUUUUUGACAUGCGUAGUGGGGACAGUCGGGCGACCUUGUACCGCCAAGCUGAGAGCGAGUUUUGCAAGUCAGCCUGCUGUUAGCUACGCUAGGCGGACCGUGGUUGUAUACAAUCGAUAUUGGCCAAUGAGAGCGCAUGCUUUGAAUGAGCGACAGCACUCGUAGGCCUGCACUACCUACAGUCAAAUUAUGCAGACAAUGAAUGCGUGGGAACAAUGGUCUAAUGAGUACAGCAUCGAUGUUAAGGGAAGUCCGUGUCAAGGAGGUGACUGCAGGCAGUGCACGUGGGCUAUAACUGCACCUGUUAAACCAGUAAAACAUCCUGAAGGUACUGGUUGCUUGAUCAGUAAAAGCCAUAAAGGUUAUCGCAAUUGUGCCGCUAAUCCUAGCUUUGGUUGCAUCGGCCAGUGUAUGGAAUGCAACGGCAAAUGUAUGAACUACAGCAGCAUGGUUGAACAGUAUCUGGGCAAAGAUUCUCCUUGCACAGAAGAGAUAGAUCAAAUUGGGUGUUGCACUGUGCUGCAUAUGCGUCAGGAUGAUUACUGUCUCAACGGCGGGAUAUUAUUGUGCAAAGAUGAUAAGAAAGAACCAAUCUGCACGUGUCCGGUGGGAUGGACCGAAUCCCGUUGUGAUAAACGAAUGUUUGAGAAUGUUAUCUGUAAAUGCUUCAAGACCGACAUCACGUUGAACUCUUUCUGUGGGAUAAAUGAUAUGUACAGGUGUGACGACGACGACAGGCCGGAAAACUGGACAGAGUGCCGACAAAACCGAUGUGUUUGUAAAAAGUCUGAAGUACAUCACUCUACGAAAUCCUUACCGGAAUGUACCUCGAAUGUUCUACUCCCAGAGGCAAGUCCAGUAAAAGAUUCCGUGGUAGUGGCGUGCGCUUCAAGUCUGUUUCCGGCGAUCAUAGCUGCUGCAGCAGCGUCGGUCGUCUCAGUGGCGUUGACAUUACUAUCUAUAUGUUUGUGUCGGCUUAGAGCGAGGCGGAAGAAAAAAUAUGCGUCAGACGGAAACGUUUGUUGGACCAGAAAUAGGACAGAUGUGGAGAGAACGAGGGGAUUAGAAUUAGUAUGUUAAAUAUACAGGAACUUGUUGGAGAACGGUAAAAUAAAUUAGAAUCGAUCGUAAUGAGAGAACUGCUUGCAAAAAAUGAGAUCUUGUUAUUGACUGAAACAUGGUCGAAUAAAAUGUACAAUUACUCUAUAGAUGGGUUUCAUUGGUAUAUAUUGAACAGAAGCGUUAAAUUAAAAGGUUCCAAAAAGAGAUAGAAGUGGGAUAUUUAUCUUUAUCUCUGAUCAAUUGAAAAACGAUGUUGUUGUUGUUUUUUUAAAUCAUGAUCAUGCAGGGAUUUCAAUAGAUUUUAGAAACCAGGAGUCAAUGACCCCUGGAUUGAAAUUUUGAGGAGUCAAAUUAAAAAAUUCUGGGGUCAAUUUUGAAGCGCUUUAAUUGUGUUUUUGUCUGUAUUAUUCAUUUGAUUAGAUAAAAAGAUGCUCUAAGAGUAACACAAUAUCUUAAAAAGUUAUACUGCUUUAAUUAUUAAAUAACAAUACUAUGAUACAUAACACAACAUAUUUUAAUGAAUUGGUACACAAAAAUAAUAAAUAAUUUGUGCGAACAAUAUCGACUAAGUUUUUCAAAAACAAAACAUGUUCCUUUCACAACUUUUAUUAUUUCUAUCACUUUACUAUGUUUAUUUGUAAAAACAAUAAAUGCUCAUUAAAAUCUUCUUUAUCAUAACACAUUUAAGUCUUUUAACACAUUUAAGUUAUUUAAGAUAUGUACCGGUAGCACCUUUUCAUCACAUAUUUAUCAUCAUUACAUGCAUAUUAUCAUCAUCCCUAUGAUAGCUUUUGUAACAAAACACAAUCUAACUGCAUGGAACAUCUAGUAUAUCUAUUACUGUUUAUCCGAAUACUAUACAUGUCCGAAAUAUGUACACUUAAGAAUGCCUUACCUGUAAUAGUUUAACUUUAAUAAUCCAAAUUUUCCUUGUUGUUAUCUGGUUUAACAAACCUCAUCAAAUGUUUGUUAAAUCCAGUUAAUGCUUUCUCCAUUAUUGAAAAACCAUUAUUUGUAA